CUUACAUACGGUGAUACAGUGGACACAGGACGAUUCCUGCCUGCGCAUGCCGAACUGCACGCACUGGUUCCACAAGCCAUGCCUGGUGCAAUGGCUCAAGACGGCACGCACCUGCCCAACCUGCCGCGCACCCGUUGAGGCCGGGCGCGAGCGCGAGCGCAACAUAUUCGGCCGUCCCCGCCUGCGCAUCUCACCCGGUGGAACCGCGCCGUUGGCCGUACGCGUCCGGAAUGACAGCGCGGCGACCAACACGAGCCAGAGGCGCGAAGGUCCUUCUCGACCUCUGCCUCCGUUCCGCACCGUCGACAUCAGCGAUGGCGAGGAAGACACUGUGCUCGUAGAGCGCCGGCGGCGCUCCCCGUGGCGGCCCACUUUCGGAGCCCCCGCUCAACCUACGCCGUGGAGCAACCCUGGCGCCGCGGCCAGUCGCGGCGCGAGCGAGUCCUGGCACGACUCUGGAAACACUGCUGGCCGCAGUGCCCCGGCUCCCAACAAUAACACUUCGGGCACUGCGUGGUCGACGAGUGCGGCUGAGCCUGGGUGGCACGUUCAUGACGCGUGGGGCGCUACUGCGGACGUGCGCGAUAAUGGCGCGGCUGGGCCUGGCGGAGGCGCGUCUGGAGGCCGGUCUGGGGGCACUGGUGGCGUUGCGCGGAACGAGGGAGAAGGGGACGGGAAUGCGCAGACGAGCAGAGCCCGGAGCCCGUGGUACACCCAGAAUCACUGGGGAAGUCUGGACGGGUCAUGGCCCCGUGGGCCGUGGUAAGGAAUUGCUGGCGAUUCAAGACGUACGUAGGAUGCCUCGCUAGUGCUAUUUAUUCAGGGACAGUGUAUUACAAUUGCGAUGUACUUUUAUCUAGUGUACUGUAAAUUAAAUGAUGGAUUCUUGGAAAGUGGACGUGUAAGCUC